UCUUCUGCCCUGACGUGUUUGAUGCCCCUUCCCAUUUGCACCUCUGGCUGAAUCUACGAGAUGCUCCCCACCCUCGCCCGCUCUGCCUUUGGCACCUUCCGUCCCGGCUUCGGUGCCGUCGCUGCCCGCGCCUUCCACACCUCGGCCGCCGCUUCUCAGGCCGCCGCCACCCCGGAGGCCCCGAAGAAGAACACCCACUCCUUCAACAUCUACCGCUGGAACCCCGAGGUCGCCGGUGAUAAGCCCCGCCUCCAGGAGUACAAGGUCGACAUGGACACCUGCGGCCCGAUGGUCCUCGAUGCCCUGAUCCAGGUCAAGGACGAGAUGGACUCCACCCUGUCCUUCCGUCGCUCCUGCCGCGAGGGCAUUUGCGGCUCCUGUGCCAUGAACAUCAACGGCACCAACACCCUGGCCUGCCUGUGCAAGAUCGACACCAGCAAGCCGGUCACCAUCUACCCCCUCCCCCACAUGUAUGUGAUCAAGGAUCUGGUCCCGGACAUGACCCACUUCUACGAGCAGUACAGCAAGAUCGAGCCCUGGCUCAAGCAGAAGAACCCCCCCACCGACCUGAAGCAGGAGAACCUCCAGUCGCGUGAGGACCGUGCCAAGCUCGAUGGUCUCAUCGACAGCCGUGACGACUUCGGUACCGAGCGCCGCGCCGCCCUGAAGGACCCGUUCUCCCUCUACCGCUGCCACACCAUUCUCAACUGCACUCGUACUUGCCCGAAGGGUCUCAACCCCGCCAAGGCCAUUGCUGAGAUUAAGAAGUCUCUUGCUCUCGGUCUGUAA